UACAUGACAAAGUAUUGGCAACUUAUGUAAUACUUUGCGCAAACUGUCUUAAUGUUGUCCCUUUAGCGACGUGAGGAGAUGACUGCCCACCUGAAGGACCAGCUACACGGGAGGAAAGCUAAGACUGGGCUGGAGAGGAAGUAUGUGAAGAGCAGCGCGGAGCUGCUGGUGUACCAGGGACAGAAGAUCAACACACACUCUGAGAAGCAGCUGGAGGAAGAGAUCAGGCUACUGCAGGAGAGGUUGGAGGAGGAGAGGAGAGUUCAUAUGGAGAUGGAGACUUUCCUCAAGAAACAUCAGACAAGUCUGGAUGAGAAGCUGGAGGUGUGGAUGGAGCGCUAUGAGAGAGACAUGGAGGACAAGCAGCAGGAGCUCAACAGCCUGAGGAACAAAAAAGCUAACAAUCUCUCCCAGCUCCAGGAGCUGGCCAAGAAGUACAGAGACAUUGAGCAGGUGGUCAUCGAGGACAGGAUGGAGAAAGAGGCCCUACGCAGGAAGCUGGAGAAGGAACAUAUGGAGCGAGACGCAGCCACCAAGAUCCAGUCGUGGUGGAGGGGAACAUUAGUGCGACGUGGCCUGAGCCCCUAUAAGAAAGGCAAGAAGCCCAAGGAGGGAAAGAAGGGAAAGAAGAAAAAGUGAGGUGUCCCUUCUUCAAGAGCUCCAGUGAAAGGAAACCAAAAAAAAAUCUCAAUACAGACAUGUUACUUUUCAUCAAUGUUCAAUUCCUGAUUACAGACAAUCUAAGUCGACACUGGCCUGUAGGCAAAUAUAUCUUCAAUGAGAAAAGCUUUUUUUUUUCUUCAACAGAGUAAAGUUGGCAUGGUCAUUUUGAAUACUACUACCACCAUUGCCAGGUUCUUACUUAUAUGCAGUCUAACACAAGGGCAAGAAUGG